CAUACAUACCUCGAGAGCACCGUCCAUCGCCGGAUCAUGGAUUUCACAGCGGAUAUCAUCGUCACGAACAGCACGGCCGACAAUCCGCUGCAGCUUCAUGAAUCUCAGCUGCGGCAAUCCUUGUUCUACGAUGAAUGCGCCAAGGUUUACCUUGUUCUGAAAUACUCCUUCACGGUAUCCGAUGAUGCUGUUCUAGACCACCUCGCGAAAUCCAAUCUUGUGCUUGAGGCUGCCCUCGUUGCUCCAGUGCAGAAUCCUACAUCCUCACAAACGCAGACUGCUCAUCAGCAAGCACGACAGCAAAUGGAGGGCCACAUGAUCUUCUCCGAGACGCACAUUGGGUUGAAGAAAAAACCAGAUAUGACGGGCACCGUCGGCGACUUCCGUUGUAUGUUUUUUUCCUUUGGCGUUCGCCUAAAUUAUGUCCGACUCCGCUCUCCUGCCUCUCCUCGUUUGGCAUUAACCUCAUACUUGGAUUUCAACCAGUCUAAAAACGCACAAGCGGUUAAGGCGAGGGUUUUGGAUGAUUAUAUGGAGCCAUUGACUGUACCAACUCCUAACCUUUUGUCGUCAAUUUAUACAGCAAGCAGCGUCCCUUACUUACCCACGUCUCGCAUUACUUCCACGUCUGCUGAUGGCAAGCCUACAUCACGGUCAGCUACAUCGAUUGCCAAUAGAAGGCUAUGCCGGAAAAUGUGGCCUGUCUCAAGUGCGAUGCAGUUAAAGAUGCAGAGCACUCAUCUGAAUUCCCGUGGCUGCUUGAUGAUGUCGAUUGACCUUGAAGCAAGCGUCGAAACAGCCAUCACUAGUGUCGACGUACAUAUUCAUGGCGGUAAGGCAGUACCUCUUGGUGAUAAUGCGGGGGAUAAAGGUGUGAAAGAACUGCUGCCCAGAGAUCAGGUGACUCUGCUGUACACUUUGAUUGCGGACACUCCUGCUGGACCGUCGAUUAAGCCCGUGAAAAUCACACUCAAGCUAAAGCCAUCUGUGCGUGAGGGAGGACUCGACUCUGGACCAGAGUGCACAAGCCUAUGGAACUCUACGGUGAAUUUUGACAUCCUACCUCAGCGAACGGGGAGUGCUGGAGCACCUAACACACCACGCUUGCAGCGACCACUGUCGAUGGUGCCGAGCAGGACUUUAUCACAUGCUCGCACAAAUACUCAGAUGACCGUACCUACUUCUUCGUUGCAGAGUCCAGGAGGAAUUACGGGACUUACCCUGACGUUCUCUGCACCCGAUCGAGUGAAGGUCGGUCAAACCUUUACGUUGGAUAUAUUUCUGGUCAACGGAAAUCUCCACCGUGGAAGGCGUCUUGCGCUGUCUGUGAUACCCGCACAACGGAAAGCGUUACCACCGUUGCCUGUGCCUGCCUCGACAAAGGAUCCCAUUCUGUCAGAUGAGUCUCUGUUUGCAUUACAUCGUGCGCGGAUUGAGCUUGAGGCGGAACAGCUAGUACCAUUAUCGGGAGACGUCAGAGUGGGGCCAUUAGGGGCCAGCACCUGCCAUGAGGUGAAGAUGCAGUUCGUGGGGACUACUGAAGGAGUGUUUCCAAUGUGUGAUGGAAUCAGAGUAGUAGAUCUGGUGAACGGCGGACAAGCCGAGUGUCGCAAUGUGCCUCGGAUUGUUGUGUGUUCGUAGUUAAUACUUAAAGAGAUAUGUAAUUUUGAUCGCCGCAGCGCGGGCGGUGGUGAUGUCAGCGCGCCG